AUGUAUAAAGUGAAUAACUUAUUACAAACAUCGUUUUGUAUUCGGUCGACUUUAGCUUCGACAAAGCGUUUUCUGUCGGUGAAAAAACCUGAACAAUCUCAAUCACGGAAAACGUAUGAUUUCAGAAAAAUCAACAAACUUCUCGUUGCCAAUCGCGGUGAAAUAGCUAUUCGAGUAUUUCGUGCAUGCACGGAAAAUAACAUCCGUACGGUAGCUAUUUAUUCAGCCGAAGACGAAGGUCAAUUGCAUCGUAUCAAAGCAGAUGAAUCAUUUAAAAUCGGCAAAGGUCUAGCGCCCAUCGCUGCUUAUUUGAACAUUCCGGAAAUCAUUAAAGUUGCUUUGAAAAAUGACGUCGAUGCUAUUCAUCCAGGUUAUGGUUUCCUCUCCGAAAACGGAGAUUUUGCUAAAGCAUGUAUGGAAGCUGGAAUUAUGUUUGUUGGUCCAACGCCAGAUGUUAUUUAUCGGAUGGGAAACAAAUUAAAUGCUCGACAAGCAGCUAUUGAUGCUAAAGUACCGAUUAUACCUGGUACAGUGGACGCCGUGGAUAAUCUUGAUGCGGUACGUGAAUUUGUCAAAGAGCAUGGCUAUCCGAUAAUGCUCAAAGCAGCACGUGGCGGCGGCGGUCGCGGUAUGCGUGUAGCAAGAAAAGAAAGUGAACUUGAAGAAGCUUUUCAACGUGCAUCAUCAGAAGCCAUGGCAGCCGUUGGCGAUGGUCGUCUAUUCGUUGAACGUCUCGUGACAAAUGCAAGACACAUCGAAGUACAAGUUAUUGGUGAUCAUCAUGGCAAUGUUGUGCAUUUAUACGAACGAGAUUGUUCAGUGCAACGACGUCAUCAAAAGGUUAUCGAAGUCGCACCAGCAACGAAUCUCGAUCCUAAACUUCGCGAACGUAUCACAUCUGACGCUGUGCGUUUAUCUAAGCAUGUUGGCUAUCAAAAUGCGGGCACGGUUGAAUUCCUCCUAGAUGACCAAGGAAGACACUACUUCAUUGAAGUUAAUUGCCGUUUACAAGUCGAACACACAUGUUCAGAAGAAAUUACUGGUAUCGAUAUCGUGCAAUCGCAGAUAAAGAUCGCCGAAGGUGCCAAAUUACCUGAGCUUGGUCUCGAACAGGACAAAAUAAAAAUCAUGGGUGCAGCUGUACAAUGUCGUAUGACAACUGAAGAUCCUGCCAAUAAUUUCACACCAGAUGUUGGUCGAAUUGAUGUGUUCCGUUCAGCUGAAGGAUUUGGUAUUCGUAUUGAUAGUGCAUCUGCUUAUACUGAUGCUGUGAUCAGUCCAUUCUAUGAUUCACUGUUAGUAAAAGUUAUUGCUCAUUCACGUAAUCAUCAAGAAGCAUGUGCCAAAAUGGUUCGGGCAUUAACUGAAUUCCGUAUUCGAGGUGUCAAAACUAACAUUCCAUUCUUGCUCAAUGUCCUCCAACAUAAGCAGUUUCUCGAAGGUUCAAUUACAACGAGCUUUCUUGAUGAAAAUCCUCUCCUAUUCAAAUUCGUUCCAUCACAAAAUCGUGCUCAGAAGUUGCUUCACUAUCUAUCCGAAGUCUUAGUUAACGGCCCAUUGACACCUUUGGGUACAGAUAUCAAGCCAAUGGCGAUCAAGCCUGAAUUACCUCAUAUAAAAAAGAAAGAAAUUCCCAAUGGCUGGCGACAGGUCCUCUUAAAAGAAGGGCCACAAGGUUUCGCGAAAGCCGUUCGCAAACAUCCAAAAGCUCUACUGAUGGAUACAACAAUGCGUGAUGCGCACCAGAGUUUAUUGGCUACACGAGUUCGAACACGUGAUUUGAAAAAAUGUGCUCCAUUUGUAGCCAAGAAUUUCUCUCAAUUCUUCAGUGUAGAGAAUUGGGGAGGUGCCACAUUUGAUGUUGCACUUCGCUUUCUUCACGAAUGUCCUUGGGAUCGUCUUACGGAAUUACGUGAAUUGAUGCCGAACAUUCCUUUUCAAAUGUUAUUACGUGGUGCCAAUGCUGUUGGCUAUUCCAAUUACCCAGAUAAUGUGAUCAAUGCGUUUUGUCAAAUGGCUGUCGAUCACGGAAUGGAUAUCUUCCGUGUGUUUGAUUCGUUGAACUAUUUACCAAAUAUGAAAGUUGGUAUUGAUGCUGUGGGAAAGGCCAAUGGUGUUAUAUCAGCAGCUGUUUGCUAUACCGGUGAUGUAGCAGAUACGACAAGACAAAAAUAUAAUUUGGAUUAUUAUACCAAAUUCGUCGACGAGUUGGUCAAAAUGGGUAUACAUAUUUUAUCGAUCAAAGAUAUGGCUGGUCUUUUGAAACCACGUGCCACUAAAAUGUUGAUUGACGCUAUUCGACAAAAACAUCCAGAUUUACCCAUCCACUUACAUACACAUGAUACAGCCGGCACGGGUAUUGCUAAUUAUAUUGCUGCAUUCGAAGCUGGAGCUGAUAUUGUCGAUGUUGCUGUGGACUCGAUGAGUGGUAUGACAUCUCAACCGACCAUGGGUGGCAUUGUUGCUGCACUACAGAAUACGAAGCACGAUACAGGAAUCGAUAUGGAAAAAGUUAACGAAUAUUCAGCCUUUUGGGAACAAACACGUUUACUCUAUGCUCCAUUUGAAUGUACAACAACAAUGAAGAGCGGCAACGCCGAUGUUUAUAAAAACGAAAUUCCUGGUGGUCAAUACACAAAUCUUCAAUUUCAAGCAUUCAGUCUCGGUCUUGGUUCACAAUUUGAAAAUGUCAAGAAAUCUUACAUUGAAGCCAAUCAACUUCUAGGCGACAUCAUCAAAGUGACACCCUCGUCGAAAGUUGUCGGUGAUCUUGCUCAGUUUAUGGUACAAAAUAAUCUAACCGCUAAAGAUGUCCGUGAAAGAGCCGAAGAACUUUCAUUUCCAUCAAGCGUUGUCGAAUUCAUGCAAGGUCAACUUGGUCAACCACAUGGUGGAUUUCCUGAACCACUUCGUACUCAAAUGUUAAAAGGAAAGAAGAAAAUCGACGGUCGUCCAGGUGCCGAUGCUAAACCGUUAGAUUUCGAUAAGAUCGAGAAAGAAUUACAGAAAAAAUUUGGUGAAGACAUCAUUCGUAAAUGUGAUGUGAUGUCUUAUGUAAUGUUUCCCAAAGUACUUGAAGAAUAUAUUGACUUCAAACAGCAAUAUGGUCCUGUUGAUCUCUAUCCAACGCGAGUCUUCUUUGUUGGACCAAAACUAAACGAAAUGAUGGAUAUUGAAAUCGAACAUGGCAAAGUUCUUCACAUUGUUGUAUUAGCUAUCAGCGAGCUGAUGACGGAAACAGGUGAACGAGAAGUAUUCUUUCAAGUGAACGGACAGUUGCGUUCGAUGAAAGUUAAAGAUAAAGCUGCUAUUAAAGAUCAAAAAGUACAUCCUAAAGUCGAUAAAAGUAACAAGAACCAAGUUGGCGCACCAAUGCCAGGUCAAGUUUUGGAUGUCAAAGCAAAGGAAGGUGAUUUGAUUAAGAAGGGUGAUACUGUUGUUGUCUUAAGUGCCAUGAAGAUGGAAACAGUCGUUAAAAGUACUGUUGAUGGUAAAGUUAAGAAAGUACAUGUUAAAGUUGGCCAACAAGUUCAAGGUGAUGAUCUGGUUAUUGAACUUGAAUAG